AUGUCUCGGGGCGGGCGAGGCGGAUUUCGAGGAGCAAGAGAUGGGGGCCUAAAGGGAGCAACAUGGGAAUAUGAUGCCGACCUCCGACUUGAGACCAAACCCUCCGAUAAAUUCCCAAAGCAUCCCAAUUUGAAAAGACCGUCACCCUUCACCGAAAUUGAAGAGCGGCAAAUUAAGCAAUUCAAAGACCUGCAAACCCAAAUCCACCGCGGACCUCUUUAUACCCAAUCGACGAAGCGCAAUUUGGACCAUCCAACGAAGACCUUUGGCGAGGAUCAGUUCAACCGCCAAUAUGGUACAAACCGCAAGGCUGAUAUGGACCCUUUUCUGGGUGUUGAGACAUAUUCCAUGAGAUAUCUUCCAAAAAAGAAUGAUAUACCUAAGCUGUCUGGCCGUCCAUUCAGCAAGGAGCUUUUCCCUAAAGAACUGUGGUCAACACUUGACGGAGCCGAAGGUGAAGAAGUCCGUACAUCUAUCAAUCGAGCAAUGCAGAAGAAGGCCCUCAUAUUAGGGUCCAUGAAAGAUCCAUCGGAGAAGACAAAGGCCGUUUUAGAGAAAAUCUUCUCGGUUGCAGGCGACGGCGACGAUAUCGAGGAGGCCGAGGAUGAGGUUGAGGAUGAGGCUGAGGUCGACUCUGAAUUCGAAGACGACGAGAUGGCGGGCGAUUAUGACGGCGAGCAGUACUUUGACAAUGGUGAAGACCGAGAUGAAGGAGAUGGUGGAGGUGGCGAUGAUGACUACUGA